AUGAGGCCACGCUCGGGCGGGCGCCCAGGGGCCCCGGGCCGCCGCCGCCGUCGCCUCCGCCGCGGCCCCCGCGGCCGUCGCCUGCCGCCGCCGCCGCCGCUGCCGCUGCUUCUCGGGUUGCUGCUGGCGGCCGCGGGGCCCGGCGCGGUGCGGGCCAAGGAGACGGCGUUCGUGGAGGUGGUGCUGUUCGAGUCGAGCCCGAGCGGCGACUACACCACCCACACCACCGGCCUCACGGGCCGCUUCUCGAGGGCCGGGGCCAUGCUCAGCGCCGAGGGCGAGAUCGUGCAGAUGCACCCACUGGGCCUCUGUAAUAACAAUGAUGAAGAGGACUUGUAUGAAUAUGGCUGGGUAGGAGUGGUGAAGCUUGAACAGCCAGAAUUGGACCCCAAACCAUGUCUCACUGUCCUGGGCAAGGCCAAGAGAGCAGUUCAGCGGGGAGCCACUGCAGUUAUCUUCGAUGUAUCUGAAAACCCAGAAGCCAUCGACCAGCUAAACCAAGGCUCAGAAGACCCUCUCAAGAGGCCAGUGGUGUAUGUGAAGGGUGCAGAUGCCAUCAAGCUGAUGAACAUUGUCAACAAGCAGAAAGUAGCUCGAGCAAGGAUCCAGCACCUUCCUCCUCGGCAACCCACUGAGUACUUUGACAUGGGGAUUUUCCUGGCUUUCUUCGUUGUGGUCUCCUUGGUCUGCCUCAUUCUCCUUGUCAAAAUCAAGCUGAAGCAGCGUCGUAGUCAGAAUUCCAUGAACAGGCUGGCUGUGCAGGCUCUGGAGAAGAUGGAAACUAGAAAGUUCAACUCCAAGAGCAAGGGGCGCCGGGAAGGAAGUUGCGGGGCCCUGGAUACGCUUAGCAGUGGCUCCACGUCCGACUGCGCCAUCUGUCUGGAGAAGUACAUUGAUGGAGAGGAACUUCGGGUCAUCCCCUGUACUCACCGGUUCCACAGGAAGUGUGUGGAUCCAUGGCUGUUGCAGCACCACACCUGUCCCCACUGUCGGCACAACAUCAUAGAACAAAAGGGAAAUCCAGGUGCUGUUUGUGUGGAGACCAGCAAUCUUACACGUGGUCGGCAGCCGAGGGUGACCCUACCAGUUCAUUACCCAGGCCGAGUGCAUAGGACCAAUGCCAUACCAGCCUACCCUACCAGGACAAGUAUGGACUCCCAUGGCAACCCUGUCACACUGCUGACCAUGGACCGGCAUGGGGAACAGAAUCUCUAUUCUCCACAGACUCCCACCUACAUCCGUGGCUACCCACCCCUACACCUGGACCAUACUCUGGCCCCUCACCGCUGCAGCCUGGAACACCGGGCCUACUCACCUGCCCAUCCCUUCCGCAGGCCCAAGUUCAGCAGCCGCAGCUUCUCCAAGGCAGCUUGCUUCUCCCAGUAUGAGACUAUGUACCAACACUACUACUUCCAGGGUCUCAGCUACCCAGAGCAGGAGGGCCAGCCAGUACCUAGCCUCACACCCAGGGGCCAAUCCCGUGCCUUCCCACCAAGUGGUGGCAGUAGCCUGCUCUUCCCCACCGUUGUGCACAUGGCCCCUCCUGCCCACAUAGAGAGCGGGAGCACAUCCAGCUUCAGCUGCUACCAUGGGCACCGUUCUGUUUGUAGUGGCUACCUGGCUGACUGCCCUGGCAGUGACAGCAGCAGCAACAGCUCUGGCCAGUGCCGCUGUUCCUCCAGUGACUCCGUAGUGGACUGCACAGAAGUCAGCAACCAAGGUGUGUAUGGGAGCUGUUCCACCUUCCGCAGCUCCCUCAGCAGCGACUAUGACCCCUUCAUCUACCGCAGCAGGGGGCCUGCUGUGCACCUUGAGGGCUCCCCACCACCAGAGGAGCUCCCAGCAGCACACAGUCAAGGUGCUGGGCGGGGUGAGCCAUGGCUAGGCCCUGCCUCUCCCUCAGGGGACCAGCUGUCCACCUGCAGCCUGGAGAUGAACUACAGCAGCAACUCCUCGCUGGAACCCAGAGGGCCCAACAGCUCUACCUCAGAAGUGGGGCUCGAGGUUUCUCCUGGGGCCGCCCUGGACCUCAGGAGGACCUGGAAAGGGGGUCCAGAGGGACCAUCAUGUGCUUGCUGCUUUGAGCCCCAGCCUUCCACUCUGGGCUCCGGAACAGGAACAACUGCAGGUGGCAACACCUUACUCCUAGGUCCCCGGCUCCUCGAGGACUGCAACCCUACAAGUGGGGAGCCACAAGCAGGGAAUUCCCAGGGCCUGUAUGGCCUUCACUCAGACCAUUUUCCAAGGACAGAUGGGGUAAAAUAUGAGGGCCUGCCCUGCUGCUUCUAUGAAGAGAAGCAGGUGGCCCGCAGUGCUGGCAGAGGCAAUGGCUGCUACACUGAGGACUAUUCGGUGAGUGUGCAGUACACACUCACCGAAGAACCUCCACCCAGCUGCUACACAGGGGCUCGGGACCUGAGCCAGCGUAUCCCCAUUAUUCCAGAGGACGUAGACUGUGACUUGGGUUUACCCCAAGACUGCCAAGGGAUGCACAGCCACAGUCCCUGGGGUGGGACUCUGGGCUUGGACGUCCCUCGACUCCACUGGAGUCUGGGGACAACUCGGGAAGAAGAACAGGCUCCAUGCUACCAAGCCGAGGUGCAGCCCAGCUGCUCUCCAGAGGAGGCGGAUGCUUCCAGGGCUAGCCUCUCCAGUGCCCCCCAGGACACUCAGGAGUCCCAUGCCCUGGCUGCUGAGGCUUCAGAGUGUUUCACAGCCAACGGUGCCGAUUAUAGGGGAACACAGAGCUGGACGGCACUGCAAGGCGGGAAGCCAUGCCUGUUCUGGAACGAGACUUUCCAGCAUCCGUAUAACACGCUCAAGUACCCCAGCGGGGAAGGAGGCCUGGGUGAGCACAAUUACUGCAGAAAUCCAGAUGGGGACGUGAGCCCCUGGUGCUACGUGGCUGAGCAUGAGGACGGCAUCUACUGGAAGUACUGUGACAUCCCCGCCUGCCAGAUGCCUGGAAACCUUGGCUGUUACAAGGAUCAUGGAAACCCACCUCCUCUCACUGGCACCAGUAAAACGUCCAACAAGCUCACCAUACAGACCUGUAUCAGCUUUUGUCGAAGUCAGAGAUUCAAGUUUGCUGGGAUGGAAUCGGGCUACGCCUGCUUCUGCGGGAACAAUCCUGACUACUGGCAGCACGGGGAGGCAGCCAGCACCGAGUGCAACAGUGUCUGCUUCGGGGACCACACGCAGCCCUGUGGCGGGGAUGGCAGGAUUAUCCUCUUUGACACUCUCGUGGGCGCCUGCGGUGGGAACUACUCGGCCAUGGCAGCUGUGGUCUACUCCCCUGACUUCCCCGACACUUAUGCCACUGGGCGGGUCUGCUACUGGACCAUCCGCAUCCCCGGAGCCUCCCGCAUCCUCUUCACCUUCACCUUAUUUGAUAUCAGGGACUCUGCAGACAUGGUGGAGCUGCUGGAUGGCUACACCCACCGGGUCCUGGCCCGUUUCAAUGGAAGGAACCGCCCACCGCUGUCCUUCAAUGUCUCUCUGGAUUUUGUCAUUUUGUAUUUCUUCUCUGAUCGCAUCAAUCAGGCCCAGGGAUUUGCUGUCUUGUAUCAAGCCACCAAGGAAGAACCACCACAGGAGAAGGCUACUGUCAACCAGACGCUGGCAGAGGUGAUCACGGAACAAGCCAACCUCAGUGUCAGUGCUGCCCACUCCUCCAAAGUCCUCUACGUCAUCACCUCCAGCCCCAGCCACCCGUCGCAGACCGUCCCAGGUAGCCACUCCUGGGCACCGUCGGUUGGGGCCAGCGGCCACAGAGUGGAAGGAUGGACCGUUUAUGGCCUGGCAACCCUCCUCAUCCUCACCGUCACGGCCAUCGUUGCAAAGAUCCUCCUGCACGUCACACUCAAAUCGCAUCGCGUCCCUUCUUCGGGAGACCUUAGGGACUGUCGUCAGCCAGGGGCUUCCGGGGAAAUCUGGGCCAUUUUCUAUGAACCUUCCACUACGAUCUCCAUCUUUAAGAAGAAGCUCAAGGGUCAGAGCCAGCAAGAUGACCGUAAUCCCCUCGUGAGUGACUGACGCCCCGCUGCGCCUACACGGGAGCCUCCACCCCAGCUCCGGCUUGCUGGGGUCCCCUCCCCUGGAGCUUUCCUCUGAGGACUUCCCUGCCUCUGUUCACCCUGUCACAGGGCAGCGUAGCCGUGGUCCUCCAUCACCCUGCAGCUCUGGCUGCGCUGG